AUGGAAUUGAUUGACAACGACAAACUGGAAACUCUGCCUUUAUUUGCUAUGACUGAUGGCCGUUUUGUCGAUAUUACUAUCCGAGGAAAUCCCAGAAUGAAUACUAAUCAACUGCGUGAAGAGUGCCUGAAGAAAAAUUGCCAGCCAAACACUAUGAACAACAUUCAAGAGUCUUUCACUUGCCCUCUGGAAAAGCCUGCACGGAAAGUGUGCAAAGUCGUUUCAAGUAACAUUGAUCUCACAAAAUAUGAGAGCGCUUACGACCAAAUCGAAGUGGUAGUGGGAACACUAUCGUUAAAAGAGAGCAAUGUCAGCAGUUUCCCAAAGAUGAAACAUCUUGUUCUUCUGAAGCAGCCAGAGAAAGGUCCAGUACUCGUCAUCGAAGACAACCCAAAACUCAAUUCUUUAUCUGCGUUGUAUAAGCUUGAAAUCCAGCUUCGCGAUGGCGAAAAAGCUGAUGAUGCCAUAAGUAUUGGAAAUAAUCCGAAACUCUGCAUCGACGAAAUCUCAGCAGUCGAGCCAUUUGUCAUCAAAUACCUUUCAAGAGUACCGAUAUGUGAGUUUAUGUUCAACUAUUUGCACAUAUGUUGA